AACAUCCAAACAAAAUUACUACAGAAAAGCAACGUUCAACAUAACGGAGGUAUAAUAAAGCUUUUUUUCUUUAACUAAAACUCCAAAAUAACGUAAAAAGUUGGAUAAGAAUCUAAUUGAUUUUGGGAGAAAAAUUAUAAAGGUUCAAAUAAAGAAUUCAGCUUUGUACUUUUGUCUGUGCUUUGUGCGUUUAUAAUUUUUAUAUAUAGGCGGAAAUGAGUUCUACUGAAGAGAGUGGUAGUCAACCUACAACACCUCAGGAUGCGCCGGAAGAGCAGGCUAACAUGCGCGAGUUGGAAAAAAUAGAAGAAGAAAAAUUAAAAUCAAAAUAUCCGGUGGGAUUGAGAGGCCCUGGCGGCCAUACUGUAUUCUUACAAAAGCGUUUACAAAAAGGCCAAAAAUUUUUCGAUUCUGGUGAUUAUCAAAUGGCUAAACAAAAGGGUGGUGGCGUUAAGCAUGUUUUUGCCAAUAAGGUAACCACUGGAGAGGCCAUACCUACUCCUGAAACAGUGCCUGCUCGCAAAACCUCAAUUAUACAGCCGUGUAACAAGUUUCCAACCACGAGUUAAGUUCUAUUUGUUCCAUUUUAAAAAACAUUUCUACUUUUCCAAAUUGUUGAAAUUGUAUUUAUUGGAAAAAUGAAAUCCUUGUGUUUGCCAUAAAUUCAUAUACAAUUGUCACCGGGUAUUUUCAGCCCCGACAUUGUUUUCUAAUAUUCACUAAAUAUGUGUAUUUUUUUGCAAAUUGUACGAAUUAUAAAAUUUUUAACUUGUAUUGUA